AUGCAAAAAGAUCAAUGCUAUCUAGCAAUAAAAUUAGACUUAGAUGCAUUGGAAACCAAUAUAAAAGAUAUUGCAAAGGCAAUUGUUAAUGAUCGAAAGUUAAAAUUGGAAAGUUCUAAUAUUCGAGUUUAUUCUAAUGAUCAAAUCAAUGUGUAUGUACCUGAUAAAGAAAUAAUGAAAGAUCCAUGCUGCCUAUAUUAUAGAUUACAGGUACUUAAACGUGCUUUACCCAAAGUUAUUGUUAAAGGUAUUCAAACUGUAACAAGAGCUGUUAUCAGUGAAGCAAAAGCAGAUAGGAAACAAUUACUUGUUGAAGGAUAUGGUUUGCGAGAUGUAAUGACAACCGAAGGUAUUGUAGGUACUGAAACAACCAGUAAUAAUGUUAACGAAGUUCACAAAGUUUUGGGAAUUGAAGCAGCUAGGAAUACAAUCAUUCAAGAAAUUCAAUAUACUAUGGGUCGCCAUGGUAUGAACAUUGACCCAAGACAUGUUAUGUUACUGGGUGAUAUUAUGACAUACAAGGGAGAGGUGUUGGGAAUUCAUAGAUUUGGUAUAUCAGAUAUGAAGAGUAGUGUGCUGAUGUUGGCAUCAUUUGAAAAAACAACAGAUCAUUUAUUUGAUGCAGCUUUGCAUGGUAAAACAGAUUGUCUUGAGGGUGUUAGUGAAUCAAUUAUCAUGGGUAUACCAAUGCAACUUGGGACAGGAUUAUUUAAGUUGAUAAGAAAAUCCCACUUAGGUGAUGAAAGGCCACAAAGAAGAAAAUUAUUAUUUGAUAAUAGUGAACACCACGUAAAUUUCUUAUAUGAUUCAUCACAAGUUUUAUAG